UGUUCGCAGUCCAAACCGCAAACAACAACAACAGGAACCAAUAAAAACAAUGACAAGUUAUAAAAGCGUUUCAACCAUCGUCAUGCAUCACUGAGUGUCUCAAAUUGCUUAUUUUCCUCGCUCGUUGUGAGACGGCGACAUGAUUGGACUGACCGUCGCGAGGAGCAAGAUUUUGACGAGAAACUCCGUCUCGCUGAACAUCCUAAAACGCCAUAGGAAAAAGGGCUUGGAGAAUUGGAUUGAAGAAGCUGAUGUUUUCACAAAUGCUAGUCAGGGUGAUCAGGAAAUAGGUGUCACGGCUGUAAAGCAAGAAGAACCCAUUGAUUUCCCCAAAAUGCUGAAGAUUUUCGCGUUCGAGAAGGGGAACAUCUCAGAUUUUCCGCAGCCCAGGUAUGACCCCCAGCUGAAAGUCUUAGACCAUUAUGCAAUGGAUGGGGCCUCACUACUACCAGUCCUGGCCCUGGACGUUAACCCAGGGGAUAGGGUCCUUGAUAUGUGUGCAGCUCCUGGUGGAAAGUCGCUGCUGGUGCUCCAGACACUCUUGCCAGGGUUGUUGGUCAGUAAUGAUGUGUCAGAAGGUCGUGUUAAAAGAAUCAGAAAUAUCUUGAAGCAAUAUGUUCCUAGAGGCAUAUCAUCUGUCGAGAAUAUGACAGUUGUAACACAGAAAAACGGGUGCAUAUUUGGAAAAACUGAGGAAUACGACAAGGUUUUAGUAGAUGUUCCUUGUUUGACGGACAGACAUUCUCUUAUGGAGGAUGAUAACAGCAUUUUUAAGACAAGCAGAACUAAGGAGAGAUUAAAACUGCCAGAAAUUCAGAGCCAGUUGCUUGUGUCAGCAUUACAAGCUGUUCGUCCAGGUGGGACUGUAGUCUACUCCACCUGCACAUUAUCACCCUUACAAAAUGAUGGUGUUGUACAUUUAGCCCUUUCUAGGAUAUGGCAAGAGACUACCAUUGAAUGUUCUAUUGUUCUACAGGUUUGGCAGCAGUCUUGGCCUGCGUUAUGGCCAGGUGGUCUUGCCUUCUCUGCUUACCAAUUUUGGGCCUAUGUACUUUGCUAAGAUCAAGAGAAUUAGGUGAAAAGAGAAAGAAAUGAAAAGAAUGAAUGGGGAUUUCAUGUAAUGUGUCAAGAACAGAAGAUAUGGUUAAAGAGAGAAAAUGAAGGCCCCAUCCACAGGAUCAAGCACUGCACAACUGGCACAAGCUUAGUGCCCAUUGUUUGAGUUAAAUUAACAGGCUAAGCAAGGGAGUGGCCAUGUACAUGCUUGUGCUUGAGUGAAUCACCAGAUAGGUCUAUCUGCCUGGCAGUUUGACCACUUGCUGCCAAGACAGACAGACAGCACUGCCAGACACCAGCACCCCCCAUGUGUAGGACACAUUUUUCCCAAUAAACAGGCAAAGUCCAAAGUCCACUGGGUAUAGUUCAGACAUAUGGACUGAGUGUUAGAGAUGAGAGAACAGAGGAAAUUGAAAAUAAAUACUCUGUUGCAUAGUUUUCUGUGAUACACUAUCAAUAACUAAACCUGUUAUUUCUGUAAAUAUUCUUGUAAAUAUUUUGGGAGAUGAUGCUUGUAAUUGAGCAUCUUGUAAUUAAAAUAAAUUUCCAAUAAUA